ACAGCGCCGUUCGACCGGGAAGACCACGCGGAGAGAGCGAAACCGCCGGAGCGACGUUAGUCCUCGAGAAGAUCUUGGGUUGUCUUUGAGAAACCUAAGAACGAGUUGCACACCGAGCUUUUUCCCUGAUCGUCCUCCAUGUCUCCCCGACGAUAGAGCAAGAUGGAUUCAGAAGACGGGGAGCAGUAUAUCAAGCGCCUGGCCGUCUACGUGCGGACGCAUGAGAAAGCCUUAGCCAACGCCUUGCAGCUUCGACGGCAAAACGCCCCUCGCCAUGGUCCCAGCCAGAGCGUCUCCUCUAUCCAGGUGCCCAAGCCGGCGGCUUUGCCCGAACGUCCUUCGACCUCCGCUUCGGCAUCGAGCCCCCUCACGGCGGCGUUGUCCCUUAGUUCGUUGAACUUAACAUCUACUAAUAUCAAAUCGGCGAGGCUGAGUCUGACGCCGCACCAUCUGUUCUACUUGCUCUCUCGCUUCGAAGAUCUGGGUAUAAAUGUCGGGCCUAUGAAGGUGCGGUUGGAAAACCUACAUGAUACCUCGGCCGCAGCGAACUACGUGUCGUUUCUUAGCGCCUCGCAGCGUACUAAGAGUCGUGGGUCCGAUGUCGUGUCGAUACGGUCCGUGUCGAGUAUUCGAAGUGUGAUGACGGGGAUGUCGGCUUUGUGGAAUAGCAUCGGGAUAGGGUCAGGCAUAUCUGCUGCUCGGGUCGAGAGGCAAAAGGCGGCCCUGCAGGCCGACACCAAAUAUCUCUACUCCGCCUUCACCAAGAUACCUUCUCUCCAGCUCGCCCCGGACUGGCGAACGAAGCUGAUAAAAGGAUACGAGGAAUUUCCUUUCGACUCCGCCGUCCCCUUGUACGUCUUCAAGAACUUGCAGUCGCUAGAAGUAAACGGCCUCGAUUUCAGGCAGUUCUUUGGCUGGGACCGUGUGGCGGACCAGAUCCGAUCCCUCGUCGUUCGACGUGCCAGCAUCGAGGAUCCCGCCGAUAUACUCAUCGAUAUCGUACUGGACGACAUGGACAAGAGACGGCGCCGAUCCUCGAAGGCGCAGUCGUCCCCCGCUGGCGCACAUGCGCAUGCGUCCAACCCUAGACGAAGCCCCGCGCUAUCGUACUCGGAGUCCCAACACUCUGCUUUCGUACCGCCGACGCCAAGCCGUCGGUAUUCUGUAGCGGAUAUACAAGUCGCCGCCGAGUCAACUGAAAGCACAUCGGCCCACCACUCUCGACCUUCGGUUGCCAGGGUUGAAACUGACCAGCCGAGGUCCCCAGUCAAGUCUUCGCGGCCUAGAAGCCAUUCCCCCGACCGACCGGCCACUUCCCGCCACCCUACGACGAGUACGAGGGGCACGCAUAAAGUCAAGCGAUCCGGAUCCGGCAGUUCUCAAUCGAGUUUAUCCGACUCGUGGCAUAAUCCGAGAAGUAGCACCUCCAAUCUAUUAGCUAUGGGAAUCGUCCCAGCCUCCAAGUGGCGCUUCUUGAAGCAUCUCGGCUUGCCGGACAACUCCCUGACAGUGAUACCGUCGGCUAGUCUGGCCCCUCUGGCCGAGACCUUGGCCUCACUAGACCUCUCCUCAAACCUCUUCACUCAGAUCCCCGACAGCUUGGCGCUACUCACCGAGCUCCGCGCCCUGAACCUGUCGCAUUGCAUGAUCGAUUCCCUCCACUCCUUGCUUCGCAAUCCCCUUCCAGCCAUCACUGCCCUAAACCUUCGCGCCAACCGCCUCCAGUCCAUUGCUGGCAUCGAGAAACUCUAUCCUCUAGAGCGAUUAGACCUUAGAGACAAUCGUUUGACCGACCCGAUGGAGUUAGCUCGCCUGACAGGUAUCCCCGAGAUUCGCGAGGUUUACGUCGAGGGUAACCCUUUUGCGCGGACGCACCGAGACUAUCGGGUCACGAUUUUCAACCUCUUCCGCAGUACCCCCGGAUUCACAGAAGACAUAAUUAUAGAUGGUUCAGGCCCGUCCACUUCGGAGAAAAGGCAUCUGACAGACCGCGCCGCCAUCCCUGAUGCUGUCCCUGUAAUCAAGCCUCCUCCCUCCGAACUGCCUGCAGUAGAUGUGAGCAAGCCGGCCAUCGUCUACGACACACCGAAGACACCUGCCGUCUUGCGUAAGGAGCGGCCUGCUCGUCCAACUCCGAAAGCGGUCGCAAGCGAAAUUCACACUAGCUCUACACGACGGCGGCGUACCCCGAAGCGCAGGAUAGUCGAUCUGUCGACAGGCGACCAGGCUAGCGAGGCUUCACCGCCAGCGGGUAGUAUCGACGAUACCCCCCCGGCUGACAAGUCCGCGGUGGCUACCGAGCCGGAAGUUAACUAUCGCGUCUCCCAAGCGCCCGAGACCCAACCUCUGCCGGCUAGAGCGAUCUCAGAAACUAGAUCACCUGCCACGAUAGACCUAUCGGAAGUGCCCCGCAUUAAUACCGGCCCAAUUUUGAGGUCUCCAGUGUCGCUCCUGAGCCCGAGUUCGCCGGAUAUGUGGCCAGAAGCCCAAGACUGGAACCUCAGCGGCGAGAUCUAUCGGCAGAAGAUCGAAGCGAUUCGGGACAAGGUUGGCAACGGCUACCUCAGCGUCCUCAGCGAGGAGGGCUGGGAGGCAUCUCGGCCGUUUGUCACUGGCGACUUCAGUCCCCCUUCAGCCAUGCGACCUGGCCCCGCCGCCCGAACUGCCAGCGCGCAAGCGAUCCACAGCGGUGGCGCCAUGGGUUAACUAGGCAAUGCUAUCUGAGCAGGGCUCUCUCUCUCUUCUCCCCGCCUCAAGGGCGGUCCCCUUUUUUAUGGCUUUAUCCCAUUACCCCCAUUCGCAUUGUGCUUUCGAUAUACCAUUAACCCACCAUCGCAUU